AUGGCUAUUAAAGAUAAAGUUAAAAGAGUUUCAAAAAUAUUCUCAUCAGAAUCAAAAGAAUCAUUAGAUAAACAAAUUAAAGAGCAAGAACAAAAAGAAGGAGAAAUUACAACUGAACCCGUCGAACAACAACAACAACAACAAAAAGAAGAAGGAAAAGAUAUUACUGAACAACCACCAGUUAAAAAAGAUGCUGAAGUAAUUGAACCAUCACAACCAGUUGAACCAUCAACUGAAGGACCAACUGUCGCAACUACUACUGAAACUGAAGCUGAAGCUGAAGCAGAAGCUGUUCCAGUUGUUGAAGAAUCAACUCCAAUUGAUGAAACUGCGGCUACCACUGAAGAACCACAAACUACUACUGCUGCUGCUGCUGCUGAUGUCGAAGAAACUACUGAAAACGAUGCUGCUAAAGAAGCUAAAGAUCAUGUUAAAAAAUCAUCUAAAAAAACCGAAAAAGCUGAUAAAAAGAAUGAUUUCUUCAGAAAAUUUUUAAACAAAUUCAAAAAAUCAUCAUCAGGUAAAGAUGUUGUUGCUGCUUAA